AUGGCUCAUUCUUUCCUUCUACAGUCCUACCCUCUCACUCCACUCCAUUCCCUUCCUCUCCGCCUCCCGUUCUCGGAUCUCCGAUCUCUCGCCAAGCCAAACAAGAGUGAUUGCCGAUCUGAUGGAGCAGUGUCGUACAUACAAACAGAAAAUCUCUCGCUGACGUUGAAGGUCCACUUGUGGAUACUGGGGACAGCAGUAAUCAGGCAAGCGGGAGAUAAUGAAUGGGAAUAUCCAGGAGGAUCUCCUCAAAUGAUCGGUGAUGAUGAGGAUGAUGAUGAUGAUGAUGAUGAUGAUGAUGAUGAUAUUGAUGGUGUAGAACAAGCUUCAUCUUUGAGACACAAGAAUGUGAUAGAAAGCUCCCAAUGGCAAAAAGAAGCUGAAGAAAAAGAAUCUGAGAAAAAAGUUAGUACUGUAUGGGAUGCUAUUAAGGAAAUUGAUGAGUUAGAAGAAAAUGACCGUUUUGAUGGGAUGAAUUUAGUUCACCAGUUUGGUAUGAAAGCUGAAUUCAUGAGUAUGAAUAGGGAGGAACGUUUUAGAUGGAUUAAACGUAGUUUACGUAAGCCAUGA